AUGCCCUCCGCGACAGACGCGUCCUCGGCUGACGCCGCAGACGCGGCGCCGCUGCCCGUCUACUUUAUCGGCCACGCCGGCGCCAGCCUGCUCUUCCGCGAGGACCGCAACGGCGCCGUCGUGCGCCAGAACCUGCGGGCGAUUGGCCGCGAGAUCCAGGCCAUCACGCCGCCGCCGCGCGCCCUCUUGACGCUGAGCGGCCACUUUGAGGCCGGCGCGAUCCACGGGCCGGGCGUCGUCGAGGUCAACGUCAAGCCCGCCACGCCCAUCCUGCACGACUUUGUCAACGACUUCCACGACACGCGGCCCGCGCUCUACCAGGAGGCGUGGCCGCACCGCGACGACCCGGCGCUCGCCGUCGCCGUGUGGAAGCACCUGCGGGGCCGCAAAACGCCGGACCCGAUCGCGGCCAAGCGCGUCGAGCGCGGCGUCGACCACGGCCUCUGGGUGCCCUUCAAAAUCAUGUUCCCCGAGGACGCGCCCCUCGACCUUCCCGUGGUGCAGGUGUCGACGUUCCACGGGCCCGACCUGGCGAGCCAGGUGCGGCUGGGCGAGGCGCUCGGCGCGCUGCGGCGGCAGGGGUUCCUGAUUGUCGCCUCCGGCAUGGCCGUGCACUCGUUUGCGUCGCGCGCCGAGGUGGCCGCCGCGACGACCGACGCAGGCCGCGCGGCCGCCCACGCCCGGGUCUUGCAGGAGUCGCGCACGCUCGACGACCACAUCCGCGCGGCGACGCUGCGGCGCGACGCCCAAGACCGGCGCGCGGCGCUGCUGGCCCUCGAGCCGCUGCGCGAGUUUCGGCGGUCGCACCCGACGGUCGAGCACUUUACGCCGCUGCUCGUGGCGGCCGGUGCCGCGGGCGAUGCCGACGUCGCGGUGCUGGGCGAGGACGUGGUCGAGCCGGGGUUUUCCUACAUCAACUUCAGGUUCACGUGA